UUCCUCGCACAUUGGAAGGUUUACAUGAGGAUGAUGGGGGUUGUGCAUGAAGAAGUGUGUCUGGUGCUUGGUUGUAGCCGGUGACGUGGUGCCUGAAACUAAGCCAAGACUUCCUGUUCUGUCUGUGAUCAUAAGGAGGAGGCUUCUGGAAAGUGAUCUGUACAGCAUUACAGUAAGAGGAAUAACCGAGUCCCCCUUAUAAGAAGAACAGCACAACUAAUGGAAACCAUACUAAAUCCGAUUCAUCAUAACCGAGAUUUACCAUGGAAUCUGAACAGGACAAAGUAUCUAUUUCUGGCUCCCCAAGGAAACUAAUAAAAAGGGCCAAAACCUGGGAGAUAUCCGACUCCGAGACUGAAGAAGAGUCUCCUAGUGCUGAGAAGGAUGAAGCCAAAGCUGCACCAGUGCCCAGACGCCAUCAAACGAGCCUUCACCAAGGACCAGACGCCUAUCAGUCGUCCAAGGCUGAACCUUCUGCUGAGGUCCUUACCUCCAUGUUACCUGUGCCACCACCUGGGUCCACAACCCCCAGUCCAAAUAAGAGAACAAGGAGGAGAAAGAACCCUGAAGAACUGGAGGCGGAUAGAAUACGGGCAGAGGAACGGAGGAAGGAAAAAGAGGCCAAGAAACAGGAGAACGAGAGGAGGAGGAAUCAAGAGAAGGAGGAGAUGAAGAAGCGAAAAGAGUCUGCCAUGGCACUGAAGCUCCUGAGACCAGAUCAGUGCGGGAAGUACAUGACGGUCCAGCUGGAUGCAGGUCUUCUUCAGGACGCUGGAUGUGAAGAUCUGCUGGAGUCCUUGAGAUUGUCCGGUUACAACCACUCUAUACAGCCGCACUUGGUUCCCUAUAGUGUAACAUGGAAGAGGGAGAUGCCAGGAGACUGGACGUGUGUGGAGGGUCUGGAGCUUUGCGAAGGAGAAGAGGAUGUCAUGCUGAUACUGGUGGAGCCGAAAGAUUUUCUCACAAGUGUCCAUUGCCAUGUUCAGGCACCGGUACCCUCCAGCAAUAUUGAGACCCCGGGGUCUGUGUUUGGAUUUUCCAAGAAAUACCCCGAUAAGAAGAUCACAUUGGUUAUUUUGGGAUUGAGAGACUUUCGUAGAUGUCAAAGAUUGUCUCGCAAAAUGGAGAGACAUUCGCUGGAGGCAAAAGCUAGACGUGACCCGGAAGAUGGUUGGGUGACAUGGAGGCAGAUAGAUGAGGCCCUGGUGUUUCUACAGUUGUAUUACAACACGGAGGUACUAAACCUGGACACGUGGAAGCAGCUGGGGCAUCAUGUAUGUGCCGUGACCAAGAGCGUGGCCCAGCGCCCAUUUCGGUUACACUGGGAAGCUCAGUCGCACUCAUUCUGCACCUCUGUGGGGAGCUGGCGAGGGUGGGGACCUCGAGGAUCACUUACAGGCUUACCUCUGGUUUGGAGAAGGCAAAUUCAACAGCUGAACAGAGUUAGUCCGGCAAUGGCUGCGGCCAUAACUGAGGCCUAUCCAUCACCACAGCUUCUUAUGCAGGCUUAUGCAGCAUGUAAUACUGAAAAGGAGAGACUCUCUCUACUCUCUGAUCUGCGGGUGCCACGUAACACAGGUGCCACAGAGGAGGGAGAUGAUCCGGAUGACUAUGUCGGCAGCAAACAAGGUGAUGACCAGGCCGGGGGAAGAGCGAGACGAAUCGGCCCAGACUUAUCACGACGGAUCUAUAUGCUCAUGACUGCUCCAAAUCCUGAACUAGUGAUGGAUCUCAAUUCGUAGCAAAAGGUGCUGGCACUUACA